UUGACUCUCCCACACCAAGCUCACAUAUUUUCCUCAUCGAUCUCCAACCAGCUCCAUAUUUCCGUCGAAUCCAACAGCAAUGGAUGCCGCCAUGGAGUUGUCAUGGGGCGCGCGGUGCGCAGGGCUGCUCUUCUUCGGCUCCUCCAUCUUCCUGGUGGCUCUCGCCGCGGUGCUCCUGCUCCUGCGCCGGUGGCCGUGGUGCAGCUGCCAUGUGUGCCGGGCGUACCUCACGGGGUCCUGGGCGAGGGACUUCACCAACCUCGGCGACUGGUACGCGCACCUGCUGCGCCAGUCGCCGACGGCCACCGUCCACAUCCACGUCCUCGGCUGCACCGUCACCGCCAACCCCGGCAACGUCGAGUACAUGCUCAAGACCAACUUCGACAACUUCCCCAAGGGCAAGCAAUUCGCCGCGCUCCUCGGCGACCUCCUCGGUGGCGGCAUCUUCAACGUCGACGGCGACGCCUGGCGCCACCAGCGCAAGAUGGCCAGCCUCGAGCUCGGCAGCGUCACCGUGCGCUCCUACGCCUACAAGAUCGUCGCCCAGGAGGUGGAGACCCGCCUCAUGCCGCUCCUGACCGACGUCGCCGACAAGGGCACGGUCGUCGACCUCCAGGACGUGUUCCGCCGAUUCGCCUUCGACACCAUCUGCAAGAUCUCCUUCGGGCUGGACCCAGGCUGCCUCGAGGCCGACAUGCCCAUGUCGGACCUAGCCGACGCGUUCGACACCGCGUCGCGGCUCUCCGCGAUGCGGGGCGCGGCCGCCUCGCCUUUGGUGUGGAAGAUGAAGCGGAUGCUCAACAUUGGCUCCGAGAGGGAGCUCAAGAAGGCGAUCAAGCUCGUCGACGACCUCGCGGCAGCGAUGAUUCUGCAGCGCCGGAAGCUGGGCUUCGAGAACAGCCACGACCUCCUGUCCAGGUUCAUGGCCUCCGACGGAGACGUGCAUGCCAUGGACGACAAGUACCUCCGCGACAUCGUCGUCAGCUUCCUCCUCGCCGGGCGGGACACGGUGGCCUCCGCGCUCACCACGCUCUUCAUCCACCUGUCCCAGAACCCCGAGGUCGCGGCCGCCAUUCGCGCGGAGGCCGGCGGCGGCAAGCCGUCCACCAACGGCUACGAGCACCUCAAGAGCCUGCAGUACACCCACGCGGUGCUGUACGAGAACAUGAGGCUGUUCCCCCCGGUGCAGUUCGACUCCAAGUUCUGCGCCGCCGCCGACGUUCUCCCGGACGGCACCUACGUGGAGGGCGAGUCGCGCGUCAUGUACCACCCGUACGCCAUGGGACGCAUGCCGACCAUCUGGGGCGCCGACUACGAGGCGUUCCGCCCGGAAAGAUGGCUCACCGGCCCCGGCGGCUCGUUCGCGCCGGCGAGCCUGUACAAGUACCCGGUCUUCCAGGGCGGCCUCCGCGUGUGCCUGGGCAAGGAACUCGCCAUCACCGAGAUGAAGGCGGUCAGCGUGGCCGUGGUGAGGGCGUUCGACGUGGAGGUGGUCGGAGACAACGGCCGCAGUGGCUGCGCGCCCAAGUUUGUGCCGGGCCUCACCGCUUCCAUCAGAGGCGGGCUCCCCGUGAGGAUCAGGCGCGUUUCAACUACGAAUUCAGAAUUCAGAUAACGAAGCAGUAGACUUUUUUUUCUCUCUCAGCUGAUAGGAGAUGCGACAAGAGUGUACAUUGCAGUAGAGGAGCAGAUAUCACUAGGAAAGUUGUUUCAUCAAUAAGAAAUCGGAAUUUCUCCA